CUUCUUCCCCUAAUUCAACCCCCCUCAUAUCCAUCCCAAAUCGAACCCGCCGCCUCCCACCCAAACCCUCGCUCGCCGAGCCCCAAGAACCUCGCUCGCCGCCGGCCGCCGUCGCGCCCCCGGACCGGCCGCCAUGGCGCGAAACGAGGAGAAGGCGCAGUCCAUGCUGAACCGCUUCAUCACGAUGAAGCAGGAGGAGAAGCGGAAGCCCCGGGAGCGCCGGCCCUACCUCGCCUCCGAGUGCCGCGACCUCGCCGACGCCGAGCGCUGGCGCUCCGAGAUCCUGCGCGAGAUCGGCGCCAAGGUCGCCGAGAUCCAGAACGAGGGCCUCGGGGAGCACCGCCUCCGCGACCUCAACGACGAGAUCAACAAGCUCCUCCGCGAGCGCGGCCACUGGGAGCGGCGCAUCGUCGAGCUCGGCGGGCGCGACCACUCCCGGAGCUCUAACGCGCCCCUCAUGACCGACCUCGACGGCAACAUCGUCGCCAUACCAAACCCCUCCGGCCGCGGGCCCGGAUACCGCUACUUCGGCGCCGCCAAGAAGCUCCCCGGCGUCCGUGAGCUAUUCGACAAGCCGCCCGAGGUCCGCAAGCGGCGGACUCGCUAUGAGAUCCACAAGCGGAUCAACGCAGGGUACUACGGUUACUACGACGACGAAGACGGCGUGCUAGAGCGCCUUGAGGCCGCUGCCGAGAAGCGCAUGCGGCAUGAGGUCAUUACUGAGUGGCACCGUGUGGAGCGGGUGCGGCGGGAGGCCAUGAAGGGUGUGGUGAGUGGCGAGGUGGCCUCGGCAGGCGGACGUGGCGGGGAGGCUGCUAGGGAGGUGCUAUUUGAGGAGGUGGAGGAGGAGGUUGAGGAGGAGAGGAGGCAGGAAGAGGAGAAGAGGGAGAGGGAAAAGGGUGAGGAGGCUGGGAAGGAGUUUAUUGCGCAUGUGCCGCUACCCGAUGAGAAGGAGAUUGAGCGGAUGGUGUUAGAGCGGAAGAAGAAGGAGCUGCUGAGCAAGUACACCAGCGACGCCCUGCAGGUUGAGCAGGAAGAGGCCAAGGAGAUGCUCAAUGUGCGCCGCUAGGAGAGAUGGUUGGUCAUUGUGGAUUCUUCACAACCUGAGACUUCGGUGCUGGAGUGCACUGACGCUGAAGUGCAAGAAAACAAGGAUCUCGUAUGCAGCGCAGCCAUGAAAUCAUCCCUGGAACUGGAAGAUCCUUGAUGUAAAGAACUGCACGCGUUCCCUGCGUCCUAAUGCAUGUUAUCAUCUACCUUGAGUGACGGCGAGCCGUUGAAACUGAAAGCAGUGUGCGUGUUCUUACUGUAAACCUGAGAUUUAGUGCACUGCAAGUGUACUGUCUGAUUGAUUACUCUUGCAAUGUUCAGCUACUCGUUACGCUGAUUAGUUUCUAAAAAAAUUCAGUUGUA